AUGGAGGACUCGGGAAAGACUUUCAGCUCCGAGGAGGAAGAAGCUAACUAUUGGAAAAACCUGGCUAUGACCUACAAGCAGAGGGCAGAGAACACGCAAGAGGAGCUCCGAGAAUUCCAGGAGGGAAGCCGAGAAUAUGAAGCUGAAUUGGAGACGCAGCUGCAACAAAUUGAAACCAGGAACAGGGACCUGCUGUCAGAAAACAACCGCCUUCGCAUGGAGCUGGAAACCAUCAAGGAGAAGUUUGAAACACAGCAUUCUGAAGGCUACCGGCAGAUCUCAGCCUUAGAGGAUGACCUUGCCCAGACAAAAGCCAUUAAAGAUCAACUUCAGAAAUACAUCAGAGAGCUGGAGCAAGCCAAUGAUGACCUGGAAAGAGCCAAACGGGCCACGAUCAUGUCUCUUGAGGACUUUGAACAGCGUUUGAAUCAAGCCAUUGAAAGAAAUGCCUUCCUGGAGAGCGAACUGGACGAGAAGGAGAAUCUCCUAGAAUCUGUUCAGCGACUGAAGGAUGAAGCCAGAGAUUUGCGGCAAGAAUUGGCUGUGCAGCAAAAGCAGGAGAAACCCAGGACCCCCAUGCCCAGCUCUGUGGAAGCUGAAAGGACAGACACAGCUGUACAGGCCACUGGUUCCAUGCCAUCCACCCCCAUAGCUCAUCGAGGACCCAGCUCUAGCUUAAACACACCUGGGACGUUCAGACGUGGUCUGGACGACUCCACUGGGGGGACCCCCCUCACGCCAGCGGCCCGGAUAUCUGCCCUCAACAUUGUGGGAGACCUGCUGCGGAAAGUGGGGGCUCUGGAGUCCAAACUUGCUUCCUGCCGGAACUUCGUGUAUGAUCAGUCCCCAAACCGACCCAGUGGCCCAGCCUCAGGGUGGGGGAGCAAGAACAGAGACGGCGGCGACAGACGGCCAGGCAGCACCAGCGUGCCUCUGGGUGACAAAGGGUUGGGAAAACGCCUGGAAUUUGGGAAGCCGCCUUCAAAUAUUUCCUCACCAUCACUGCCGUCAGCCCAGGGUGUAGUCAAGAUGUUGCUUUAG